CUUAUAGGUGCAGUGCUGGUGGAAGCGGCGGAGAACAUGGAGGGAAACACCACAGCCUCUGAGACUCCCGUUCGUCGUUCCUCGUCUCUGUGUGCCGGAGAGCAGCAGUAUGUCAUCAGGAGAAAACAACUGGUUCUGGAAGCACUAAGCCGUCUGCAAAUCAACUCCACUGAGGACUCAGUUCCUCACAUUGCUCUGGUGGCUUCUGGUGGAGGUCAGAGGGCAGCGGUGGCUCUGCUGGGCUUCCUCUACCAGCUGGAACAGGAAGCCCUGCUGGACACUCUGCUUUACCUGGGAGGAGUUUCUGGAUCGACAUGGUCCAUGGCCUCGCUCUACAGUGACCCCCAGUGGAGCUCCAACAUGGAUGAAGCCGUGUCCAGGCUGUCGGGUCCCGGCGUGCAGCUGGAGGAGGCUCUGGCCUGGUUGGCUGAGACCUCAAAGGAGGAGCACUUCUCCCUCUCUGACAUCUGGGGAGUCCUAACCUCUGCCGGUAUCAUGAAACAGAUGGAUCUACGCCUUCUGUCAGAGGAGGCCAGCAGGAACGCCAGCAACCCUUACCCCAUCUACUGCGCCAUCGAGAAACACUGCUUCUCCAACGGGCCGCUGGGAGGGAAAUGGUUCGAGGUGAGUCCCCAUGAGGCCGGAUUCACCGAGCUAGAGCUCUUCGUCCACACGCCCCUGUUGGGGAGCAAGUUCCAGAAUGGGGAGCUGAUAGAGAAGAAAGCAGAGAUGGACAUGGUCAGACUCCAAGGGAUUUUAGGCUGUGCUCUGGCUCAUGAGGAACCUGUCAUGGAAGUCCUCCCUCCCUGGCUGAACGUGCCUGUAGAAGGCGCCGUCCAGGAAUAUCUUCUCAUGUACAGCGUGCUCCAUCACCUGAUAAGUCUCACCUCGAGCUCCAUUAAGGAUCCCAGCGCCCUGCGUGAACUGGAGACGCUGCAGAAAACCCUGCAUGACAAGGUGAACCAUGACCGGUCCGUUCUGCUGGAGUCUCUGAGUCCAGAGGAGAGGACACGUCUGUUUCAGCGCUGGAGUCUGGAGCUGGUGGAAGCCGUUGAGAGUUGGAGCCAAAGUCUGGAGGAAGGAGCUUUCAGAACAUCCAUUUCCUUCCUUACAAAGCAACUGGUGCCUCUUAUUCUGAAGUGGGAGUGGGGAACAACCAGCAACUUCCUCUAUCAGUUCCAGA